UUUUAAUUGAAAUUCACAACCGCGCCAAUUCGCAGAAAGCUGACGGAACCACGGUAGCCAAAGUGCUGAACCCCCAAUGCCUCGCAAAGCGACCGGCAAGAGUAGGGAUGUGCACUUCUUCUGCGCAUUUGCCCCAAAAAAGAAUUAGGGCAAAACGAAGAAAUUCCUUGACGGAACCACAGUAGCCAAAGUGCUGUUUUCUCUGCUAUCGUUGGUUGAUCUGUAAAUUAUUUCAAUGGGAAAACUUCUCUGCUAUGACUUGCAUUAUCUUCAAUCAGCAGAGAGGGCAAAGACAGAAGUUUCUGAAAGUUUAAUCAAUAGGAUCUAUGAUGUCUUCUCUGAUGGCAUACAUUUUGCAACACCAAUUUCAUCCUUGAGGACAAAUGAAGUUGACCUGGUACAAGGUGUUUUGCGGAUGUUGCAAGGACGUUCUAGUUCCCUCUUCUAUUGGGACCAGAGUGAAGGGAGUUUUAAUGCCAAAACUGGGAUAUAUGUGGCUCACCUUUCCCAUACAAGCCUUGUCACCAUUCUCAAUCAAUUUAUGUAUGCUGCGACAUGCUUACAGCUGGUAGAAAUAUUAAUCAAUAAAGUUGAGACAUCAGUGAGAUUUCCUCCUACUUUGAGGGCAUUUACAUGCUCUGUUUCUGCAUGGCUUAAGAGGUUGAGGGAUAUUGCUCUCAAGGAGGAAAUGAAGAUACAUGAUGCUGACAUUGGAACCACUCUGACCUUAUUAGGGUUGACCAGUUCUUUAUCAAGUCUUUGCUCAGGUGCUGAGCAUCUAUUUCGAAUAGUUCAUGGAGCUAUUCCCCAAGAGUCUUUUGAAUCUAAAUCUUCUGUUCCAGCUGCUGAAUUAGCUGUUCACGUGCUUGACUAUCUUUACAAGAAGCUUGAUGAAGUGUGUCUAGUGCAAGGUGGUGAGGAGGAAGCUUAUCAGAUGCUACUCCAUAUAUUUGUUGGGAGUUUGUUGCCAUAUAUUGAGGGUCUUGAUUCCUGGCUAUUUGAAGGAACACUAGAUGAUCCUUUUGAGGAGAUGUUCUUUUAUGCUAACAGAGCAAUCUCGGUUGAUGAUGCUGAGUUUUGGGAGAAGAGCUAUUUAUUAAGAUUAGUACAACUUCAGAAGUCUGAUGAUGAGCUCUCUACCACAACUCGUGUCAUUGAUCGUGUAUCUCUAACAAAUGACAAGAAGGAAAUUAACGAACGGGAUUCCAUCUCUGUGUCUAGUUUUAUCAAAGGAAAAGAGCAGAGUAUUAGAGAUUGCCAAGCUUGUCCUCUGUUUAUUAAGGACAUAUUUAAAUUGAUUCUAUCUGCUGGAAAAUCAUUGCAGCUGAUCCGACAUGUUCCUACCACAUUCUCAGCAGCGUCUGGCAAAGGAAGUGAUUCUCAGUUUUAUGGUUUUGGAAGUUCUGGUGAUGGUUUUCAUUGUGGGCAGAGUAUAGCAGGGUUAACCUUAUCAGAAGUUUUCUUUGUGUCCUUAGCAGGUCUUAUAGGCCAUGGUGAUCACAUCUCUAGAUACUUUUGGCAAGAUGACUACUGCAAAUCUGAGAUUACUACAUCAUUUGAUGAAUCCAGUGUGAACAAGCGAAAAGUGGAAAAUCAUGGUAGUGGAGCUUUGCCACUUUUCGCAUGCUCAGAGAAGAUUUGGUAUAAGUUCUUGGUUGAUACAUUGCUGCAGAAAAGAGCAACCAAUUUGGAGUCUGCACAUAAGGAUGCAAGUUAUUUUCAAGACGCAAAUGUUGAGUAUAUGUUUGCCAGUACUGGGGAUAAAUUGCCCAUCUUGGAAUCGUUUUGUGCAGAAAAUCCAGUUAUUACUGUGUGUCAGACAAUCCUUAGAAAGAAUAUGGAUGCCUGGAAAACACUUAACUUGUCUAGAAAUUUCUAUCUAUCCCCUUUAAAUGAUGAGGUUUUACGACAGGCCAUAUUUGGUGGUGAGAGCAGAUCUUAUGCUACUCAAGGGACAAACUACAGCUUUGGUUUUCAUUUUGGUGAAUCCGAAUAUGUUCGUUCACAAAAUGACACAGAGCUGUUAGAAGUGUUGUUUCCUUUUCCUACUCUUCUUCCUUCAUUUCAGGAUGAUCUCCACAUGUCGGAGCUGUUACCUUUCCAGAAAAACAGCACCCUUACAUCAAGAGUUCUUAGCUGGAUUCAAAAUGUUGAACCGAGAACUACUCCACUUCCUGUGGUUAUUAUGCAGGAAUGCCUUACUGUCUACAUUAAGAAGCAAGUAGAUUAUAUCGGCAAGCAUAUAUUGUCAAAGUUGAUGACUGAUUGGAGAUUGAUGGAUGAGCUUGCAGUAUUGCGUGCCAUAUACUUGUUAGGUUCAGGUGAUCUGCUGCAGCACUUUUUGACUGUGAUUUUCAAUAAGCUGGACAAGGGAGAAACCUGGGAUGAUGAUUUUGAGUUGAAUACAAUACUACAGGAAUCUAUUACAAACUCUGCCGAUGGAAUGCUACUAAGUUCUCCAGAUUCAUUGGUUGUGUCCAUAACUAAAAAUCAAGGUUUUGAUGGUGAUCAGCAACCUAAUGCAGCUACUGUUGCCUCCACUCCUCAUAAAAGUCGUACUCACAAUUUUGGGAUUGAUGGGCUUGAUUUACUGAAAUUUACCUACAGGGUCUCCUGGCCGCUUGAACUAAUUGCUAAUACAGAGGCUGUUAAGAAGUAUAACCAAGUGAUGGGAUUCCUGUUGAAGGUCAAGCGUGCAAAAUUUGUUCUCGAUAAGGCUCGGAGGUUGAUGUGGAAGGGUAGAGGCACUGUGACAAACAACCGCAAGCACCACUGGUUAGUGGAGCAGAAACUCCUCCAUUUCGUGGAUGCUUUUCACCAAUACGUAAUGGACAGAGUAUAUCAUAGUGCAUGGCUUGAACUAUGUGAAGGAAUGGCAGCUGCUCGAUCCUUGGAUGAAGUCAUAGAAGUGCAUGAGGCCUACUUAUUGUCGAUUCAGCGACAGUGUUUUGUUGUCCCAGAUAAAUUG